UUUACAUGUCGGUGUGAAUCAGCUUUAAUAACUUGUGAUAAAUAUAUACCGUGGUAGAAGAAUAUAGGUAGAUGCAUCAACGCUUGGGAACAUUGAUAUGUCAAUAUUUUUUAAGUGCUUUGUCAAAAAUAAGUCGAUUUUUAUAUAUUUUCUUAUACGACGCAAAUCGGAGGUUGUAAUGAUAUGUAAUUUUCAACAAUUUUACCAAAAUUUAAUAAUUUUUCAUUCACGAUUUUCAAUAUCAAAAUCGGUCUGACAGUUCAUUGUUCCAGCAGCUAUGUCGAUGAGACUACCUGUAUUCUUCUACCAUGAUAUAUACCUCGAGUACGAUAAUGCUACCUUUUUCAUUUUACAUGCACUCAACGUUCGCACAGAGUUGUAUUUUUUGUAUUCAUUUUCCCCCAAUAGACGACCAUUUGCAGUUUAUCGAUAAUAACUUUUAAAACCGUUAUUUCGAUAACAUAUUGGCGCAUCCUAGAAUAAUCUUGAUAAUUUCUGUAUUUUUAUGUUUAAUUUUAUUUUUGUAACUUCCUUGCAAUUCAUUGUCUCUUUAUUUUGUCUAUCGGUGUUUAUGUUUUGUAAUUGAAUAUAAAACAAAAUGAUGGAUGAUAAAAUUUUGGAUCAUACCAAUGAGCUUUUAAAGAAACUAUGCUCGGAUUUGCGAAAGUCUUUGGAUCUAGUGCAUUCCGGUUGUCAUGAAACUCUGGAUGGAAUGAGUAGCAAAGACUUUUUGGAUAAUGCUUCCAAAACAUCCAGCGGUUAUGACGAUGAAGAAUUCAAUGAUGACUCGACAAAUAGUGAUGUGGAGGAUAAGCAAAAGGUUGUUUUGCCGUAUAAGUCUAAAGUGUUCUCGCGUGAAGGCGGACCAGCCAAAACAUGUGUAAUCUGUAAAGAUAUCAUCGUUAUAUCGGACGAGGAGGAUGAUGAUGCUGUGAAUGACGAUGAUGAAUCUGAUGUCUGGACUGUAUGCUCGAAUUCAGAUGAAGAAUAUUAUACGUUUUGUAUUGAUGAUUUUGCGGAUGAACCGGAAAGAACAUAUUUUCGUUCAAAGAAAAGCUUACCAUGUUAUCCGCCCAGUGAAAAAAUGAAGAUAUCCAACAAACAAAAUUUUUCUUUGCCCUCGUUGUGCGACAGUGAUAUUAUUAAGAAAUACGUUGGUAAUCGUCGUUUGAAUAAGGAAAAUAUACGAGGAGUAUUCAAUACUCUACUUGAAAUUGAAGAUUUAACGGAUAUGUCGGAUUAUCCUGCAUUGGCACAAAAGGAUGUUACCCUAAGGUGGACCGAAAAAAGGAAAUAUUGGAUACCUAUGCAAGCGAUUUCCAACACAAAUAUAGACGAAAUUAUUGUACCAUUUAUGGAUGAACUGGUUGUUAUACCAAAAGCAAGCAGUGUUUUAGCCGAAACUAGUCCACCAAAAUAUUUAAUUGAUACAUUAUUUCCACAUCCGCAUGAGUCUGAAAUUGAUAAUACAAUUAAACGUCGCAUUGCCACCAUUUAUAAAAUAUCCAAAGAUGAGGUGCAUUUUCGUUUUAGCCGAGAUGAACACUUUACGGCAGCACAAAUUGGUUCUUUGUCCUCGACCAAAUAUGAUAUAAUUAUUCGUCCACGACGUUUACCAGUACGUUAUCAAUUUAGAGCCUUGGAAAUGUUGGCCGAAAAUGAUCAUGUACUGCAAUAUCUAUUUCCUGAAAAUAAUCCAAUGAGAGCUAUAAAAUAUGAACCAGAAUUUGAGUUACAUUUAUUUAAUCCCACAAUCGCCUCAAAUCCAGAACAGCUGGGAGCUGUACGUUGUAUAACCGAAGGACCCAGCCCUAAUGCUCCAUUUGUGAUUUUCGGUCCACCAGGGACCGGCAAAACGACAACAAUCGUGGAGUCACUACUACAACUGCGACUUCUUAAACCAGGAAGUCGUAUACUUGUCACAGCCGGUUCGAAUGCCGCUUGUGAUACAAUUGCAUUACGAAUAUGUAAAUAUUUUAAUAGCAAUAAACGUUUACAAGAGAUCCAACAGAGAGAUCCCGAAAAUCAAAAACCCAUAAUUCGAAUCUAUUCAAAGUCCAUUGUUGAAAAAGGUUUACAUUUGAUUGAUCCCGAAUUGCAGGCCAAUUCGAAUUGUCAACAUGGUAUCCAUUAUUAUCCCUCGGUAGAGGAAAUUCGUCAGUAUGGUAUUAUUGUGGCCACACUGUGCACUGUGGGUAAAUUGGUUACCGGAGAUAUUGGUGAAAUGAAUUUCUUUUCCCAUAUUUUCAUCGAUGAAGCUGGUGCUUCUACAGAACCUGAGGCUUUGGUUGGCAUAAUGGGUAUCAAAACAUUACAUUGUCAUAUAAUCUUAUCCGGUGAUCAUAAGCAGCUGGGUCCCAUAAUCAAAUCGGAGCGAGCCAAUCAAUUGGGACUAGGCAAAUCUCUAAUGGAAAGACUAUUGAGUUUGAAAUGCUAUGGUCUAGAUGAUAAUUGCAAUUAUGAUCGUACAAUACAGGCCCGAUUGAAACGUAACUAUCGCUCGCAUCCUGAAAUUGUCAAUAUAUUCAAUCAUUUAUAUUACAAGAAUGAAUUGAUUGCGGAAGCUAAAUUGGAUGAUGUCAAUAUGGCAGCCAAAUGGUGUAAAUUGCCAAAUCCUAAUUUCCCUAUUAUUUUCCAAGCCGUUCAUGGCGUUACCGAAAAAGAUACCAUUUCGCCAAGCUCUCGCAAUAACCUUGAGCUACAAGUGCUGAUGUGGUUUCUGCGUCGCUUACUUAUCGAUGGCAUAGAUGGCCAUCCCGUAAAACAAUCAGAUAUUGGUAUUAUUACGCCAUAUCGCUUGCAAAAUAAGCUAAUACAAAAUCGCUUACAUGACUGUGGUUGGAGCGGUGUUGAAAGUGGUUCUGUGGAAACAUUUCAAGGACGAGAAAAGCAAAUUAUUAUUGUGUCACUGGUGAGAUCAUUUUCUGGUCUGGGUUUUGUAAGAAAUCCCAAGCGUUUAAACGUUAUACUAUCACGACCCAAAUCCCUACUUAUUCUCAUGGGUAAUCCUUUGACUUUGAAACGUCAUCCAGAUUUUGCCUACAUUUUGGAUGAAUGCCGUAAACAUGGCACAUUUUUACGUAAAAAGAAAACCAAAAAGCAUCGCAAAUCUAAACCAGUUAAAUUAGUGACUAUAUAAUAAUUGUUUUACAACUGAUGAUUAUCACCCACCCUUUUUAUUUUAUAAUUAUUCGUUUUUUUCUGUUGUUUUGCAAAAGAGACUAUACAGACUUAAAUGUUUUUUGUUUCGUCUUUCGUUAUAAACUAUAUUUUCAUAAAAUCUUUACAUUUUCCUUGACAUAGCAUUGUAUUUAUUUUGUAUGUGUGUGAGUGUUGCUGUGUUCGCUUAAUUUAUAGAUUUUUAAUACCUUUUGUUUACCUUAUUACAUUUUUAUGAUACUGAACCGAAAAAAAUCU